UUUGCACCUGUUCACAUUGAAAAUUUUAUCUCUCUCUCUCUCUGUGCAUCUCCAUGUAAUUUGGGUCAAAUAAAAUUCCAACAGAAUCUCUCUCUUGCCAUUCCACCAUCAAUCUGUACAUCUCUCUUUUGGGUUUUGAGGGUAAAAUCCAUGAGAGUAAGUAAUGCAGGUGAAACUCGGACAAUCAUUUCCUACCCGUUUUCCCAAUUUUCACAAGCUUGGAUUUUGAGCUUUCUGUGGUGACAAAAAAGAACCCAGAUUGCUCCACAGUGUUGCUGUUGCUACUGCUGCUCCCGCCCCCGCCUCCUGCCUCCGUUAACAGAUAGCUUGUACCUCCUUUUACAGCAAAAAAUAAAAAAUUUAAGCAACUCAAAUUCUUUGAUUUUCAUCAGAUAUUGUUUGCUUUUAUUUUUUCUUUUAUCUUUUAUUUAUUAAUUUUUUGUGUGUUUUUUUUCUUGAAAGUGAGUGUUGUGAUUCUGUACAAAAAGGGAAACUCAUCUUCUACUGGUCCAAGUGAUGGCCAUUAUUACUUUCUAUUAACCAGGUUUUUUUUUUUUUUUUUUUUUUUUUUAUAAUAAUAAUAAGCAUUAGCUGCUCCUCCUUCCUAUCUGGAGUACCAUUUUAGAAGCAAAUUUUCUCUCAAAUUUCCAAUCUUGGGGGCUGUUUCUGCUUCAGUAAGAUCAUGCUGCUGCCUCAGAGAGUCAAACCCGAUAUCGGUUCUUAGUGUUUGAGAAAUAGCAUCAAGAAUUUGAGCUAAAACACCAGCUCUUCUGAGUCUUUUGACAAAAGAGCAGAAACCAAUAUAUUUGGGUUCUGCUGCUUGGAAGUGAAUAAUCAAAGGAAGAUUUUAUCUGCAUCUGGUGGUGAUUGAGUGGCGUUUAUUUCAAUUUCCAAAGUCAAAAGUUUUAAGCUUUGGAUAUGGCGGUGCCUGAGAACCUGAUAAAACAGCUUGCUCUUUCUGUGAGAAGUAUCCAAUGGAGCUAUGGAAUUUUCUGGUCCAUUUCAGCCAGACAACCAGGGGUGUUAGAGUGGGGUGAUGGGUACUACAAUGGAGAUAUAAAGACCAGAAAAACAGUUCAAGCCGUAGAGCUUGAUGCUGACCAAAUGGGUUUGCAAAGGAGUGAGCAACUGAGAGAACUUUAUGAUUCCCUCUCGGUGGGCGAAGCAAGUCCGCAGGCUAGAAGGCCUUCUGCAUCAUUAUCACCCGAAGAUCUGGCUGAUACAGAGUGGUAUUACCUAGUUUGUAUGUCGUUCGUCUUCAACAUUGGCCAAGGGUUGCCGGGAAGAACAUUAGCAAAUGGCAAACCUACCUGGCUAUGCAAUGCUCACUAUGUGGAUAGUAAAGUGUUUUCUCGUUCACUACUAGCAAAGAGUGCAUCCAUUCAGACUGUUGUAUGCUUUCCAUUUUUGGGAGGAGUGAUCGAACUCGGUGUGACUGAGCUGGUUCUAGAGGACCCUAGUCUCAUUCAGCAUGUUAAAACAUCUUUCUUGGAGGCUCCAUAUCCCAUAAUCGCUUCCAAGAGAACCAAUCCUAGUGCAGGAAGCACAAGACACGACAAUGAUCUUGCUUGUGCCGUGCUUGAUGACGAUAUAGUCGACACCAAAUUAAUUCCUGUUGUAGGGUAUCAAGAAAUGGAUGUGACUUCACCUGAUGACAGUUCAAAUGGUUUGGGCCCUAAUCAACCGGCUGAUGAUUCAUUCAUGGUGGAAGGGAUGAACGGAGGAGCUUCCCAAGUGCAAAGCUGGCAAUUUAUGGACGAUGAGUUAAGUAAUUUUGUGCACCAUUCCAUGGAUUCCAGUGAUUGUAUAUCUCAGACUUUGGUGUAUCCGGAAAAGGUUCUCUCUGGUCCUAAGACUGAAAAGGCAAAUGAUCACUGCCCGCAGGAACAUAAAGAGUGCAAUAGCACUAAAAAGACCUCUUUGGAUCCUCAAGGCAAUGACUUGCAGUAUAAAAGUGUUCUUUCUGCUCUUUUGAAGAGCUCACACCAAUUGGUUUUGGGGCCACACUUCCAGAAUUCUCAUCAGGAAUCCAGCUUUACCAGUUGGAAGAGAGGAGGGUUUGUAAAAUGCCGGACACAAAGAGGUGGAACCCCGCAAAAAUUAUUGAAGAAGAUUUUGCUUGAAGUUCCUCAGAUGCAUGUUGACUGUGUGCUCGAGCCCCCAGAAGAUACCAGCAAUGUAAAUGAAGUUUGUAGACCAGAGGCCGAUGAUAUUGAUACGAAUCAUGCAUUAUCUGAGAGGAGGCGGAGGGAAAAACUGAACGAAAGAUUUUGCAUUUUGAAAUCAAUGGUUCCCUCGGUUAGCAAGGAGGACAAAGUAUCCAUAUUAGAUGAUACAAUAGAGCAUUUGAAAGAUCUUGAGAAAAGAGUUGAAGAGUUGGAAUCGUUUCGGGAGCUAACAAAUUCAGACUCAAAAAUGAAGAGGAAACUCCAAGAAACAGUUGAGAGAACAUCUGACAACUGUUGCAACCCCAAAAUUAGCAAUGCGAAGAAGCCUAUAGUUUACAAGAGGAAGGCCAGCGACGUUGAUGAAACAGAACCAGAAAUCAAUCACAUUGUAUCGAAGAACGUUUCAAGUGAUAAUAUAACCGUUAAUACGAACAACAAAGAUGUUCUAAUUGAGAUGAAGUUUCCUUGGAGGGAGGGAGUGUUGCUAGAGAUCAUGGAUGCUACAAGCCGGCUUCAUUUAGAUGCUCACUCGGUUCAAUCAUCCACCGCGGACGGAAUUCUUUCCCUGACCAUUAAAUCCAGGUUCAAGGGGACGAGUAUUGCAUCGGCAGGGACAAUCAAGCAAGCACUUGAUAGAUUUGCCAGAAGCUGACGAAUCUCGCGUUCUUAGUGAUCUCUUGAAUUCUGUUAUUGUACAAUUGCGUAACGUUGAAAGUCUCUGUAGAUUUACGGUGUAAGAAACGCGAGCCUCAUUGAGGAUUUUUGUUUUCCUGCAGGUAGUACUAGUCUAGUGAAAGGAAUUAGAACUUGUGUUACAUAUGCAUAAUUUUCUCCCAAGUAUUUAUUUAUGUGAUGACAGAGACGAGCAUUAUUGU